AUGUGGUUCGAAGAACGUAGCUGGUCGAAUCUGAAGAUGCCGUCAACACUGGUGGAGGAGUGGCGUGACCUAUGGUCCAUCAAAAUUGAUAUGAUUGUCGCUUCACUUGCCUAUGUUUUCGCCACUACCAAUUUCCUUAAUUUGCCCAGACUGAUACUCGAGAAUGGUGGCUGUAAGUCCUUUUGCUGA